UGAAUUACGAAACCGAUCUCAGGUCUGUUUAACGUCUGCAAGCAACUCAAAGCUCUUUGAAUGAAGUCCCCUUCUUCCGUAUAGCUGGGAAAAAAACAUAUUCCGGAUAUGAUUGUCACCUGAUAACCUGCUCCAGUCGGAGAAAAAGGAUUUUUAGACUUACGAUAUCGUAUCUGUGUCAUAAUGGCAGUAAAUCCACCCAAAAUCAAGGUGCUUCUCAGCGACAGACUUCAAAAACUGAAAACGGCAUUUACUGGAAAGUAUGAAGAAACCCCUCUGUUUUAUGCUUGUGCUCCUGGCAGAGUGAAUUUAAUAGGAGAACACAUUGACUAUUGUGGUUAUGCCGUGCUCCCAAUGGCUAUCGAGCAGAAUAUUCUUGCUGCUGUUUCCAUGAGCAACUCUCAGACAAUCCAACUGGCCAACACUGAUCCCAAAUACAAGGAUUUCACAGUGUCUGUCAGUGAAAUCACCAUAGACCCAGCAAAUCCUCAAUGGCAUUAUUACUUUCUUUGUGGAGUCAAAGGUGUUCAGGAACAGUUGAGCUUGUCUUCUCUGGCUGGGAUUCGGUGUGUUGUGGAUGGAACGAUUCCAGCUAGUUCAGGCCUGUCUAGUUCCAGCGCACUGGUGUGCUGUGCUGGCCUGGUCACAAUGGAAGCCAACCAAAAAUCUGUCUCCAAAGUUUUGUUGGCUGAGACGUGUGCUAAGUGUGAACACUAUAUUGGAACUGAAGGAGGAGGGAUGGAUCAGUCCAUAUCUUUCCUUGCUGAAGAGGGAACUGCAAAGCUGAUAGAGUUCAAUCCCCUGAGGAGCACAGAUGUGAAGCUCCCAGAUGGUGCUGUCUUUGUGAUCGCUAACAGUUGCGUGGAAAUGAACAAGGCAGCCACGUCACACUUCAACAUUAGAGUGGUGGAAUGCCGCAUUGCUACAAAGAUACUGGCUAAAGUCAGAGGCCUGGAUUGGAGCAGCCUUCAGAAGCUGGGAGAACUACAGACACAACUGGGCUCAAGUCUGAGCAAGAUGCUGGAAUUGGUGGAGGAAGUCCUUCACCCUGAGCCUUACAGCAGAGAAGAAAUUUGCAAGAUUCUGGGAAUCACUUCUCAGCAGUUGUGUGACAAUAUCCUGAGUGCUAACACAAAGCAUGUGACACACUUCAGUCUGUACCAGCGGGCCAGGCAUGUGUACAGUGAAGCAGCACGGGUGCUGCAUUUCAAGGCUGUUUGUGAUUCUGCACCCGCUGAUGCUGUUCUGCAGCUUGGUGAGCUAAUGAACCAAAGCCAUACUAGCUGCAGAGACUUGUAUGAGUGUAGCUGCCCAGAGCUGGACCAGCUGGUGGAUAUUUGUCGGGAGGCAGGUGCAGUGGGUUCCAGGUUAACAGGUGCUGGAUGGGGAGGCUGUGCUGUUUCCAUGGUACCCACUGAAAGAAUAGAUUCUUUUCUUCGGACAGUGAAGGACGGCUACUACAUGCCUGAUGCUCGACGUGCAGCUCUGGUAAAGCAGAGCCUUUUUGUAACAAGGCCAGCGGGAGGAGCAGCUAUUUUUACAGAAUUAUAAAAUCUGAUGGAGACCUGUUUUAUUGAUUUUUCAAUCAUGACCAAACUAUCAAUUUUAUUGCUUCCUAUCUUUGCCAUUUAAAGGGAUAACAGUGUAUAUUUCUUUAUCUUGUGUGUCUGAUUCAAUCUAAUUUUGUACAAGCUGGCUGAAGUAUGCAGUGAUUAAAAAAAUUGUGGAAGAUU